AUGAUGAUUUCCCACACCUCAAACAUAUUUCUGCUCUUCUUCAUAUGCACUACAUUCUCAUGUCUCUCUUCAAGCUUUAGAAUCCCAACCCCUUACUCCUCCAUAAUGGGCCCAAACCUUGACAAGCUUCCUUCUCAAGAUGAAGCCAUACAACUAUUCCAACAAUGGAAAAAAGACCAUGGCCGGGUCUACAAAGACCUAGGAGAGAUGGCAAAGAAAUUUGAGAUUUUCCUCUCCAAUUUGAAGUAUAUUACAGAGUCUAAUGCAAAGAGAAAAUCACCUCAUGACUUCCUUCUUGGUCUGAACAAGUUUGCUGAUUGGAGUGCCAAGGAGUUCCAAGAAACAUACCUACAUGAGCUUGACAUGCCUAAAGAAGAGAGUAGCAUCAUGAAAUUGGAUGACUUACCCUGUGAUGCCCCUUCAUCAUUAGAUUGGAGGUCAAAAGGAGUUGUCACUCAUGUCAAGGAUCAAGAGGACUGUGGAAGUUGUUGGGCAUUUUCAGUGGUGGGCGCCAUUGAAGGAAUAAAUGCAAUAAAUACAGGGAGGCUUACAAGGCUUUCUGAGCAAGAGCUUCUCGAUUGCGACCGUGUAAGCAAAGGUUGUGGAGGUGGAUGGGCGGAUAAAGCGUUGGAUUGGGUUGUAAGAAACGGUGGGAUUGCUUCCGAACAGGAUUAUACUUAUACUGCAAAGCAGGUUGCCUGCAAAGCCUCACAGAUUCCAAAUAAUGCAACCGUUGAUGGAUAUUAUCACGUAGACAAAUCAGAGAAUGGAUUGUUGUGUGCAGCUGCUCAGCAGCCUAUUAGUGUGUGUCUGUAUGCACACUCGGAUGACUUUGCAAAUUACAAUUAUGGAGUGUAUGAUGGGACCAACUGUCCAGUAGUUUCUGUCCAGGUGAAUCACUGCAUGUUAAUAGUUGGUUAUGAUUCCGUAGACGGUCAAGAUUAUUGGAUAGUAAAGAAUUCAUGGGGUUCAACAUGGGGAAUGGAUGGUUAUAUGUGGAUCAAAAGAAACACUGGUAAAGAAAGAGGGGUGUGUGACAUCAAUGAAUGGGCUUAUGCCCCCAACCAAAUAUCUUUGGAGCAAGAGGGAAGCCAAGUAUUAUAGUUUGGAUGUAAGGUUACACGCUUUUAUAUAAUUAUAACAUGAAUUAUAUAUGUAUUUGAUAUGUAUGUCUUUGUUCAUACCAGCAGCCAUCAGCCAUCUUCUGUUUUGAAUAUGAAUGUUCUCAACAGUAAUUGAGAGGUCAUAGGCAUAAAUAAAUGAAGUGAUAUGGACCUCAAUGAUGUAAUAUAUAAAAUCAUGACUAUAAAGGUCAAUGUACUUGUAUUGUGUAUCAUAAGAUAAUGUAGGAUGUUUGUGCAA